AUGGCAGCGUACGCAACGACAAAAAUGAACUACAUUUCAAUUGGGUUUUGGCUUAUUUUGGGUGCUGAAAGCAACAAUACAUUUUCAAAUAAUAGAUUAACUGUUCAGCCUGGAGGAUCUGUCACCAUCCCAUGUCAUUAUAAUGAGAAAUACAGGCCGCAGAAGAAAUACUGGUACUCUGUAAAUAAUGCUUCUAAUAAAUACACAAACACAAGAGAGGAGAAUCUGUCAGUAAUUGAUCAUCCUGAUCAGAGUCUCUUUACUGUGACUAUGAGGAACCUGCAGGAGAAACACACUGGAGAGUAUCAAUGUGCUGUGGAGACUGAAGGUGCCGUUAAUUAUAAGGUUUAUCUGGAGGUUCAAAAUGAUCCUGAUAUGUUUGUGAAUAGCAGUAGUGUAUCUGGACAUGAAGGUGAUGAUGUCAGAGUUCAGUGUUUCUACAGCUCUAGAAACAAGAAUACAGAGAAACGCUGGUGCAGAUAUAAAGAUAAGAGCUGUUUCACAAAGAAGACUGACACAUCACCGAAUUCAUCAGUGCACAUCAGUAAUGACAGUGAAAGCUCCUUCACUGUCUUAAUGACUAGACUGAGACUCUCUGAUUCUGGAUGGUAUUUCUGCUCUGUUGGACAUCAAAUCAUUCCUGUUCAACUCACUGUAACCACUUCAGACUCAGAUAGGAAUAAUAAAGACGGAGAUGAACUUUCGCCUGUGUGGUUUUUAGCUUUAGAGCCAGUUCUUCUGAUUCUAUUGAUUUUGAUUGGUGUUUUCAUCUGUAAAUGGAGACGUAGACCCAAGCAAGAUGAACAAUUAAAAGAGAGAAACAGCGGCACCACUGAUGAGAUCUCCUCUAAACCUGAUGAUCUUGCUAUAUACUGCUCUAUAAAUGAUGAAAACCCAUAUUCCAUUUCUCCUCUGGAUCCCAACAAGAACAUGACCUACAGUACUAUUGAUUAUAUUCCUGGGAGUGAAGCGAAGAGUCCGGCGGGAGGAGAUGUUUACAGCACUGUGGGUCCACACUGAGAAAAACAGAUUCUACUGUCCAACAGCAAACGACUAACAUGACUGCUUUUAGCUUGCUUUAUUUAAUGUUUAAGGGGGUGUUCACACUUGGCUGGUUUGAUGUAUGCAGUGUACCUGUCCUAUGCAACUCUCGUAUUUCUUUGUUUGGAGUCUGAUUAGAGAUCUCCUCGUCACUCUGAAUAAAGCAUGUUCAAAGGUCUUUUCUGAAUCUGUUUUAUUAGUUAGUGGAAAACUAAAAGUACUUUUUUUCCCAAGUGAGAGUUUC